UAAGCUAUUUGGGUGUAUGUGCCAGAUGUAUUAAAGAAAGAAACAACCGUGAGAAGGAGAAAAGGUAUCCCAAACCCUCAUCUUUCUUUUAGAUUCAGCAAGAAAAGCAUCUGAACCCCUUCAAAGUUUCAAUCUUUCUUCUCCAUUUCUAGUUUCAAUCUUUCUAAAUCUGACUUCUAAAAUGGCUCAAGUGAAUGAUGAUGAUGAUGAUGAUGAGAUUGAACAACAUCUACUGGAUAGAAUCAAGCAUGCCAUUGAUGACCAAGGUGAGAACAAGAAUCUAGUGAUCAAAUUUGGGCCAGUUAAAUCUGAAUUUGAUGACUUGUGGAAAAUACUCGUAGAAAGAAGAAAUCAAACUCACGGAGAUGAUUGGUUGAGGAUGAGAAGAGAGAAUCUUUAUUGCCUCAAUAAUUUGUUGACCGAAUGGCUGAACAUCAAGAAUCAGAGCUCAUUCUUCUCCAAGGAAAGUUAUGAUUCUCGUGAGAAUAUCAAGAAAAUCUUGAAGAAGAUGAAGAAGAAACUCGAUGGUGACCAAGAAUCCAAACCAGGAGAGGAUUCUGAGAAGUCUCGUAGUCAUCAUCAGAUACCCGAUCAUACAAUCUUUGAAAGAAACAAAGAGGAGGUUUACCGGUGGAGUUCAAGGUAUCCACCGAGGAAAGUUCAUGGUUUUGAACACAUAGCCAUGGCGGUGGAGAGGGAUCUUGUUAUGCGGAACAUUGAUGCUCCAUAUAAGGUAUUUGGGGUUGUGGGUGUCGCCGGAAUCGGAAAAACCACUCUUUGCCAGACCAUUUUUGGCCGGUCAUUAGUCAAGAAUCAUUUCUCUCCGAGGAUCUGGGUGUGUUUAUCCAAACAACACAGAAACAAUGAACCCAAUAAAGAGAUAGUUGUGAGGAUCUUGGAGAGUCUUGGAAUCGAAGAUGAAGUUAUUAGAGAUGUAGCAGAUGGAACUGAUUCACUCCGGCGACUGAUUCUCCUUCUCCGGCUUCAUCUGAUCGGAAAAAGGUACUUGAUAGUCCUCGAUGAUGCUUGGGAUCACAACAAUUUCUUCUUGAAUUUGACUGGAAAACCACAAUUGGAUGACAACUGGGGCGAGGAGUUAGCAUACGCGUUGCCAAAAGGGUGUGGUGGAACAAUCAUUUCGUCGAGCAGGUCGGAGGCAUUACUUAAAGAGAUGAUCGGAAAAGAUGCUAACUUGCAGCAUCUGAAGCCAAAUACCGACGAGAUCAUCUACGAGAUAUUCAAAGACACGGUGAUUGGAUAUGAUGAAGAUGAGAGGGAAUUUCCACAGCAUUUGAUAGAUUUGAAAAAGGAGAUACUUAGAAAGUGCGAAGGAAUACCAUUGGCUGCAAAAUUGCUGGCCAAAAUUGCUCGGGAAGAGCUGAAGGUAAAGCCGCAGCCGCUACCAGCAACAACCGCCGGUGAAGGAGAUGAUGAGAAUAGACCGGUAUCUUCCGGUGGUUCGAAACAGUUGAAAGGCGGUGGCACCGGUGUUAAAGAUGGUGAGCGCAAGGGUGAUGUCCUUCAGAAAUCAAAGCACCAGAAUGGUCUCGUUCCGGCGGCAUAAACGGCCGACGAAGUAAUCGGAAAUUGAAGCUCCGUUAACACUUAUAAAGUUAUCCUAUCGUUGUGUGUGUUUUCCUACUCCUUUUUAAAUUAAUAAAACAAAAAUGGA